GCCACCACCGACCCCGAGCGACGCCCCGCCCCGUGACGUCACCACCCGCGACGUGACCACGCCCCCUGCCGGCCGGGCGAGCCAGCAGUAGUUGCAUGAGAUGCUGCCAAGCGCUGGGAUGUACUACUUCCCAUGGGAGAUCAACAGCUCCAUGCCAGAAGGGGAAGCACUGAGGACAUUUGGCAGGCUAAGCUGCUAUGACCUGGCCCGAUCCAAAGCCAUUCUCAGCACUCAGCAUGGCUCAGCCCAGCACCACGUCCACAUCGACACCACGCUGGUGGAACCAUUUGAAGCCCAGCUGGGAUCACUCUACGUUGUCCUGGGAGAAGCUGAACACAGGGAAGGUGAGAGUCCUGUGAUAAAAGCCCGAAUAUUGACCUGUGUGGAAGGGAUGAACGUGCCCUUGCUGGAACAGGCCAUCCAGGAGCAGAGGAAGUACUUCCAGGAGAGGCAGCAGCAGAUGGAAUCUGAGAGAAGUCACUGAAUGGGGAAGUACAUGAAGAUUGAACCAGUACCUAAAUGAGGAGCUGCCAGUUGUGAGCAGACUCUGGGAAGGAAGUUUGCUGUUUAAGAGAGUGGAUAAGGAAAGAGAGUGCAUGGCUUACAGCAGUCCCUUUGUAAUUCAGGGCUUGGAGAGGUCAGUAAAAGGCAAAGUCUCUGAAUCUGUAGUUAAACAUCUGCACACAUCCGCAUAUGCUGCCAACGCACAGCAAAUGGGAGGUAAAGGGCAGUGGUGCAAAGUUUGUUAACCCUGCAUGGCUGUGGGUACACGAGUGCACGUAUUGGGUUGUGGUGACUCAGCUGCCACACAGCAGCAUUCCUGGAAAAACACUCAGGUUUGAACCGAACAACAAAGGAACAAGAAGAGCAAGGAGCCUCUCCUUCACUAGAACUGCCUUUUAGAGAGUUCAAGAGCCUGCAUCCAAUGUGCAUGGCAUGGCAUUGAAUGUUUGCACUGCCCUGAGAACAAUCAAUUGACUUUCUUCCUUGACACAUCUAAGUUUAAGAGACCUUAAAUCAUUAUAUUUUUGCAAGCAUUUUGAUUGAUAUUUUCCUAAAUAAAGAUGAAAAGAGAACGUG